GUCAGAUGUAGCCUGGCCCCGCAACAUCCGUAACCCAUGACCCCUGUAACUCCUGUUUUGUUCUCGGCACUCCAGGCCCCUCAGAUAUCCCUCCACUGGAACUCCCCCAGAUGACAGACUCCGUUCCUCUACACUACCCCAGUAGCCUUUGACCUCCGUGGCACCUCUGCCUCUCUGCGCCGCUGCCCUCGCAUUCCAGUAAAGGCACUGAAACCUGAGCCUGCGGUGAGCUCAUCGCUGGGCCAUGGAAUCAAGAGUUAAAUGAUACCAAAAAACAGAGAGAGGAGAGAAAACGGAGAGAGAGAAGGGGGAGAGGCAGCAGUCGGUGCAGGACAGGUCUGGAACUGGUUCUCUGUGUGUGUGUGUGCUCGCCUGCGCUACUCUCCUCAGGGGUUAAGUUACAGCAGCAGAGAAAGCGAGGAGGAAGAGGAAGAAGAAACUGCUGGCGUCUUUGAAUUCUCUCAGCUUUUGUCUGUCUCGUUUUCCUCCUCACGCUGCCUCUGAGCGGCCUGACAGACUGGUGCCUGCAGUUUCCUCUUGACACACUCUAGCGAGCCCGCUGCCCUCCAUCCGCGCUUUCAAGUUAACGAGCCCCGUCGGUCUCGUCCUCGUGUCUGGGAGCUGGAUGUGAGUGUAAUGUGGCGAGGUCGUGCUCUCCACUCUCUCCGUGUCUCUGCUUUACUCUGACCCUUCCUUGACCACCAAGCGUCCAAACACGGUCUCUGGAUCCAAAUGUCACCCCCCCUGGACUCUGCCCUGGUCGGGGACCGGCAGUGUGUGACGGACAGGCGAGUGGAGCCUGCGGUGGCUCUCUACUGCGUGGCUUCAAAUUGGCCCUGGCUGAGCUCUGCAUGGAGCAGCGAGUGAAGAGUCCUGCUAUGGUCUGAUGUCUCAGCAUGGAUGGAGUCAGUCAGAGGACUGGCCACCACUAAUGAGACCAUCGCUCUUCAGCUGAGGACUAGCAUUUACAGGAUUACUCCCACGGUUUCCUGCUCUUUUCCCAGCUAACUGCAUCAUUACCAAACUCUCCUAGUUGGACUUUUUCGUGGCUCUGGUUUUUGGUGGAUAUAUACGUCAUUCUGAUUUUCAUAUUUCUUUUAUUCCCUUUUUUUUUUAAUUGUUGGUUUCCCUUUUCCUGUUUUGUUUUUCCACUAUGGAGUUUCUGGCUGGACCCUGGAAUAAAGAUUGGGCUUCAUUCUUGCAGUUUUGGUUGACUGUCAUCCUGAGCCUCCAGAUGCAGUUCAGCCCGGGCGCCUCUUGCCCGGAGGAGUGUCGUUGUGACAAAACGUUUGUGUACUGCAACGAGCGCAGCCUGACGUCAGUGCCUCUGGGGAUACAGGAGGGCUUCAAGGUCCUCUACCUACACAACAACCAGAUCAACAAUGCUGGCUUCCCUCUGGAACUUCACAACGUGGCCACCGUGGACACGGUGUAUCUCUACGGCAACCAGCUGGACGAGUUUCCUGUCAAUCUGCCCAAAAACACCAGGGUCCUGCACCUCCAGGAGAACAAUAUCCAAACCAUCUCAAGGGCGGCCCUGGCCCAGCUGACUAAGCUGGAGGAGCUGCACCUAGAUGAUAACUCCAUCUCCACAGUGGGGGUGGAGGAAGGAGCCUUUAGGGAGGCGGUGAGCCUCAAACUCCUCUUCCUCACCAAGAACCACUUAAGCAGCGUUCCCAUCGGCCUCCCCGAGGACCUGAAAGAGCUGCGGUUGGACGAGAACCGUAUCGCUCACAUUGCAGAGGAGGCCUUCCAGAAUGUGACACGCCUGCAGCGCCUCCUGCUGGACGGGAACCUGCUGACGGACGAGGGCAUAGCGCCUGGGACCUUCCAGGACCUGUCAAACCUCCGUGAGCUGGCCCUGGCCCGCAAUUCACUCACCUUCCCCCCUCCGCUCCUCCCGAGCCAGUCGCUGGUCAAACUCAGCCUGCAGGAGAACCAGAUUGACCAGAUCCCUGUGGCGGCCUUCGCUGACCUCAACCGGCUGGAAAAACUGGAUAUCUCCAGCAACCAGCUUCAGACUCUGACGCAGGGUGUGUUUGACGGCCUGUCAAGCCUGAGGCACCUCAUGGUGCGAAACAACCCGUGGCGUUGUGACUGUGCUGUGAAAUGGGUGGUGGUGUGGCUCAAAUCUUUGCCCCCCUUCAUCAAUGCCCGAGGCUUUGUGUGCCUGAGUCCAGAUAAGGUGCGUGGCAUGGCAAUCAGAGAGCUCACGCUGGAUAUUAUAGAGUGCCCCGUGGAUGCUGACCAGCCGCCCUGGCCCACUCUCCGCUCCACACCCCCUCCCCCACCCACAACCACCCCUGUCACCACCAUGAUUUCCACCCUCAUCACCACAUCCAUCCCUUACUACUUUGACUCGCCCUCCCCUCCCUUACCCCCGAUCCAUAACAACCCUCCCGGGCCUCUGCCUCCGUACGAGGACCCCCUUCAGAUCUCCUUCCACGUGGUCAACUCCACCAGUAUCGAGGUGAGCUGGGCUUCUUAUUUCACCGUCACAGCCUACAAGGUCACUUGGGUCAAAAGGGGCCAAAGCCAAAUAAACGAAGGGAUGCGGGAGAGGACAGUGAGCGGGGACCGGCGGCACAUUAGCCUCACCAACCUGGAGCCCCGGUCCGUGUAUCGGAUCUGUGUGCACGUGUUGGACACCCUUAACUCCUACAGACCCGGAGAGGAUACUAUAUGCUCUGAGGCCAGGACCAAGGCUGUUGCGUCGACGAAGCCUCCCGGUAGAGAGCAAGCUCCUCAGGAGAGCAUCAACUCCACGCUGCUAAUGGCUGGGAUCAUAGGUGGGGCGGUGCUCAUCGUCCUGGUGACGCUGCUCAGCCUCUUCUGCUGGCACAUGCACAGGAAGAGCCGGUCGUCUUCGACCAAGUGGAAAUACAACCGGGGCAGGAGAAAAGACGACUACGGUGAGGCCGGGACCAAGAAGGAUAACUCCAUUCUGGAGAUGACUGAGACCAGUUUCCAGAUAGUGGCGCUGAACAAUGAGCAGCUGCUGAAGGGAGAUUUUCGCAUUCAGCCCAUCUACACGCCCAACGGGGGCAUUGGAUUUAGAGACUGUCACCUCAGUAACAACAGCAUAGCCUACUGCAAGAGCAGCAACGUGCCGAGUACAGAGUUCUGCCACACGUGAUGCGGCGGCAAAUAGUAGAGCAGCAUUCACACACACAUACCAGAAACACUUAAUGCAUAAGUACACACAGCGUUUGUGACAAAAAACAUAAAGAUUCUAGUGAAAUAUAACUGUACUAUAUAUAUUUCCAAGUUCUGUCUACGAUGUAAUUUAUACUGUGGAUAAUAAUGUGGGAUUCUCUGCUAUCUUUUUUAUCUUAGAGGAAGAGAUACAAGUGUUUCUUUUUUUAUAACCAGCAGGGUUUUGAAAGUUGUUUUAAUGGUCAGUACUGUACAUGAACACGGAUUUGUACAAUCACGGCACCCUGGGUGUAGCUUCUGACGGACGCUGUCAGCCUUGGAAAUGUUGGGGCACAUUUAGAGGGCUGGGAUCCUUUGCUAACCACAGAAGCAAAAAAGAAAACAAAAAAAUGGCCUUUUUUUUUGCUCUUUGAAACAAACCCUCCCCAGCUCAACAGAACAGUAGUAAAGACAACACAGCACAGGGGAAAUCCAAACACUGCUGAUUAGAGCACUGUGGAAAUAUAGCGCUGGUUCACUGGUGGUUGUAAAAAAGAAGUGCACUUUCUUAUUAAUGGAGGCAGGAAAUGAGCAGAGGUGGUGAUGUAGGUGGUUGUGUAGGGCGGAUGUCAUGGUGCUGUUGAGAAGCCUGGGCUGAGAUUUCCCCAAAGUGCCUUCACGUUAAAAGCAUCUUUGUUCUGCUGGUUUGCGUUUGGAACAAAGGUGGGCUCAGUCAGGAGACACUUUUUGGGAAAACUCUGGAAAAGGGUGUGUCAUUCUCAGCUUUUUUUUUUAGCGAGGAGGUGCAAUUUAUUAAAAGGAACAAAGGGUUAUUGUCCCUAAUGAGGUGCAUGGAUGUGCUGAGACCUGCAGAUCCUUGUGAGGGAAAUGUGUUCUGCUUCUUUUUGGCGAGUGAGGCCACAAGGGGGCAGCUUCCCUCAGCGUCGUGUGUGGGACAGGAAGUCAGACAGAGAGAGGGGAGGAAAAAAAAGCUGCAUAGAUCAUUUUACCUCCACCAUUCCCCUGGAGUCCAUUACCCAGACGACAUUACUCAUGCUCAAACAGCAUUGUUUGGAGUAUUAUUGCUCAUCGAGCUACUUAAUGAUGUGGAAUCAUUUAAAACUAACAGUGUUUUCAGUGUUUGGUGGUUAAAUGAUAUGGAUUUUCACCACUGUGGUUGUGUGUGUGUGUGUGUGUGUGGAGGGUGUGAUGAAUUUUUGGAGACACACAACGAUAAUUAUACACCCACUUAUUUCAACCUUGUCCCGGCGUUCAUUAAGGCUUUUUGAUAAAUUAGGAAAUUACAACAAUAAGAUGGCGCUCCACCCACCGUCCCCACAAUGCUGUCACUGAGCAGCUCAUCUCGCAUCUCAUCCUUCACCCCUUUGUGCACGUUUAUGAGACUGUCUACUUCACUUGCUCACCUCAACAAUGCACCUGCUCACUUCACGCCAUUACUUCCUGCGAUGAUGAUCCUCAGACUAUCUCCCCUCGUCUUCUCAUCCCUGCGUGGGCUCAAUUAAAACACUUUCCCUGCCCCUCGGCUGCAGGGCCGGGGUUGGUGGCAGCUCUUUGCAUGUGAGGUGCCGGUGAGAGGUCUUCAUUGUGCACUUCUUAAGGAGACUUUAUUUGAUUUGACAAGAUUUUAUUUUGAGGGGCCAAGCUUACAGCAUUCCCACCCCCGCCCCCCGCCCCUCCUCCCCGCUCUCCUCAUAAUCCUCGACCAAAAAAGGGAGAAAAUAUGUAGCCUUUAUUUUCACUUGGCUGCGUGGAGCUCACGCUGGGAGACGGAGUGUGUGUGUGUGUGUUAACUCUUUGUGAGGCGCACAGAUUCAGCUGCACGGCGGAGAGUCGACACAAAUUUUAGGUGAAUGGUUUUUAAGGGCUUGUACUCGAGUUAUUCCAGAGUGUUGAGAUUAUCUCUGAGAGGAUUUACCUCAGCGCUCUUCAAAAAGUAGCUGCACUUACUGUAAUUCCAGCAGUCGCUCUGAUUGUGAUCACGUGGAUUUUAAUUUGAGGCGAUGACUUCCACAGACCCGGUGGUGAAAAUCUGUUUGACCAAGCCGACACAAAAUGAAUGAAUGAACGAGUGAAUGAAAUCAUCUGACAUGUCAUGUAGUGUCAUCUUAUGUCUUAAAAUCUUGUUUUCAGUAAUACAGCUGACAUGUUUUUGACUUUAUUUGUCAGAUUGUCUUUUUUAAAGGCAAAAUCUCAAUCAUUAAGAAAACAUUUAAAGCAACAGCUCAACAUUUUUGUUAAAUUCUCUUCUCUGUCUUCCUUACUGGGAGUUAGAUGAGAAGACUGAUACCACUCUGAUGUCUGUACGCUGAAUAUAAAGCUACUACCAGCAGCUAUUAGCUUAUCUUAGCUUAGCUUAUCUUAGCAUCAAACUGGAAAUGGGGGAAAACUAGCCUGGCUCUGUCUGCAUGUAAAAAAAAAACUGCUGUAAAACCAAAUGUGUAACCUCUACACUUAUAUAUUGUACGAAUUAAAAAAAAAUAAGAUUAAUUAUUGAGCUUUAAAGAUGCUGACAGAAGGGUUUUUUUUUUUUAAAUUGCAAAGGCAAAUUUGGACUUGAAAUUGAACAUGUUAAAGCAGUGGUGCCCAACUGGUUGGUCGCGGGUUCAUUCUGAAUGGACCGCAAAUGACUUGUCAAGUGAGUUAAAAACACUUAAUUUUGAAAUGCAGUGAAUAUCUGGCACAGAGCUUUUAUUUUGAAGUGCUGUUUCCUGCUGCCCAACACAAGUAGGACGCUUAAUAUAUGCGUGGACCUUGAGCCAGUCAAUGAGACGUUUGGACCGUGGGGCUGGACCAGUCGGGAACCACUGCUUCAAAAUAUAUUUAAAUAUAUAAAUAUGAAUAAAUACAAAGUACUUUAAACAAAUACACAAAAAAAUCUGAUAACAGCAAAAAUCAUUUUGCAUGUGGAUCAAUAACUGUCCCUCAAACUCUGACAUGUCUCUGUUCAGGACAUACUGUCACUCGAUGACAACAGCUAGUCCACCUCACCAGUUCAUGUUACAUUGAGAUGAAAUGAAAAAUGCUUAUUUAACCCUUUUAAAUCACAUCUUCAGACAUAUUGUGUACCUGUGUAACAGCAUGUGCCACAAAAUUACAAAAGUUUCUUUGUUUUCUAAAAUCAAAUCAUGUUUUCUUCUUGUUAAACAAAAUAUAACGUGCGCUUAUGUGAACUAGUACCAACCAAUUUCAUUGAAAUAAAUCACCACAUCCACCCAUCAAUGGAUGUGCAACUUUUAGCUGCACAGAGCGAAUAUUACGUUAGCUAGCUAGCAACAGCAUGCGUCAUCAAUGUGUUUUCAUUUCCCCAGAAUAUCGUGAUCACAGCCGCUGGCUAUUAAUUAUUUACUGUGAGGAAAAUGCUCAAGAUGAUGUGCAAGACAUUUGACAGUAACUAACGCUACAUGGAGCAUAUGACGGGCAUCGUUCAUCUUUCUCUGAUUGAGACUACGAUCCUGAUGGCGUGAAGUCGCCAGGGCGUUACCAUUAUGACACGCCCACUUUUUAACAAGCAAAACCUUGUUUUAAUUUCCAAAACAAUGUGGCUGAGGUCUAAUUUGUUGAUUCACGAAAUAUUCUGUUUCACUGGGAAAUACGUCACAGUACUGAAGCUAACGACACUUUUACUUCUGUUUCACUGGGACUUUAAGCGAGGUUAACUUUGCUCACUUCCUUCGCUUUAAUCAGCGAGUGGCUAGCAAGAUUUAGGAACUUGUCUUGGGUCUGGAAGAGUUGUAGCAGUUAUCCACUGACAAGUAGCCUAAACUGUACACACACACACUCUCUCUACACAAACAAUCAGGCACCAAAACAAGGUCCCGAAAUCUGCGUUGUGAUUUGGCUCGGUAGGUGCCAGUCGUAUAGGAAUCGGUACCAUAUUGGCACUGGGUGUUGGUACUCAACCUCCGCUGUUAGUGAAUUGUGUUACUUUUGGGAAGAGCCAGACCAGAUGUUUCCCCCAUGGAUGUAUGUUUGUAAGAGAACUGAUACAGAGUUUAAGGCGACUUCACGGGUAUAAAAUUACCCAGGUAUUCUACACUGUGCAGCACAACGGAGACUUCUGCCGGUUGAGCAGCUAACUGCCAGUUUAGCGCUUCGCUAACUUGAAUUGGGAUAAAAUGAUUGAAUCACACGGCUCUUCUUGACCUUCUAAAUUUAUCAGACCAAAUGGAGCAAAUUCUGAUAGUGACAAGUCAUGUCACGGGGGUUGUGAUCACCAUUGAGCUGCACUUGUGUGUCCAAAAUUAUAGCAACACACGACCUUCGUCCCUCCCUUGUGUCAGUUAACUUAACCCUGGCUCGCACCAAAGACAGGCUAGUGUAAUGAAUUAAACCUUUGCUGAGUAUUAGCCGACAGAAAGGUCUGAACAGAUGAUAAACAAAAACGGAAAACACUUCCAUUUUGUACCUUUUACUUACAAAGUGAAAAAUCAAUUUUUCUCGAGUGACUCUGGUGAAAUUGAUCAGUUAGGGCUGAUUCUUAGGUGCAGACUCAGUAGCAGUGUGUACAUUGUGUUUCUGACUUGUGUGUUAUAAAUAGGGGCAACCAGCCCCUUAAUAUUUUUGUCCCAGCUCUCCCCUAAUGAUCACAUUCCCCUGGCAGAUAAAGUCAGCUUGUUUUCUGCAAAAUAAGAUUCCAAGACUUCAAUACAUGACGUGUUUAGAUGGAUUUUCUUUUCUUUCCAUGUUGGGUUCAUUAACAGUACGAUCUUCUGUGGUUAUCAAAGCAUCUCCACUUUUUAUUUUAACCCUUUUCUAUCUACUAAUCCCCACAGCUGACCAUAACCCCACACAGAAACACUUGAACAUUUACAUCAGAUAUUCUUUAUUAUUCUAUGUUCCAGAUGAAAGGCCUGUGCGAUCAUACACGUGACGGUCAAACUGUUGCAACAUAUCCCCCCCCCCCCCCGUCUGUGAAUGUGUACUGGAGACAGAUAUUUGCCUUACCUUUUAUGCAGGACUGAAUGAUUAGCAGAGAGAGCGAGUGAAGUGGGAGGAAGAAAAGAUGAGACAUAAAAAGACGGCAACAAGGGAGCUGAAAAGAAAGCACAGUUCUCCAACGUUCUGCAGCCAUGGCGGCGGCGGUGGCAGCAGCGGCAACAAUAACAGUAUUAACAGGAAGAAGAAGAACAUGAGGCAUGACACACACAGUAGCUACCGAGAGACUGUUCAUCCAUAGUGCCAGACCUUGAGCGGUGCGUGGCUAAUGAUUCCAGCAGACGGGAGGAGGCUUUGGUGGUUGUUUUGCAGCGCACAUUACUCUUAAUUUUCUACUUGAUGAAAGAACGCGGCUGCGGCGCCGUGACCGAUGGAAUUACACAAAACGUAUUACUAGCAUCAGAUUAUUACUGUUUCAGGGUGCCGAGAAGUAAUUUCCCUUAAAGCUCAUUGAAUCAUGUUGAAAUAAUUAUGUUUAAUCUGCGAGAGGUCACUUCAGACAAAACACACGUUUAAAGUCAUCUUUUCUUCCUGCAGGCGAAACCUUCACUGCAAAUAUCUAUUAGUAACAUUCAUUCAAGGAUUUUUGCAUGUACUGUAUUUAGCUUCAUAGCCUUUCAUUCGUUCAUCACACCGGGUUUUUCUGUUUAUUUCCAAGCAAUCGCCCAGCGGUGGUUGAGGUACAGUGUGAGCAACCAUACAGAGAGGCUUAGAGAAAGAAGGCUGGAAACUUACAAUGCAUGUGAAACGGCUGUGCUGGGAAACGUCCCGGCUCCUCAUCGAGACGCUGCAGUGUUAACGUUGGCCAUCCACACCGAGUUUUCUUAGGAACCAAAGUUAAAUUUCUGUUCUCAUGAUGAAAUAUUGAUGUUGUUCCAUGUAUGUGCCUUGAGGUUGAACUUACAAUGUAAAGUCCUUGAAACCUUUAAAUGUUUUUGCACAAACUGUAAAUACUUAAGUGAAGCUUUUUGAAAAUAAAAGAGCCAUUGGAUUUCA